GUUCUAGUUUUUUGAAGUUUCCCACUUCGUUUGAAAUUCUCAAUACUUAUAGUAUCUGGUCGUAGAAGUGAGAUCGCGAAUUUUUUACUUCAAAAAGUCAUGAUGAGUCGACAAUUUAAAGUACGAUAUUCAAAGUGGCCACCUUGGUCUUUGGAUAUUCCUGUUGAAAAUGGAACAAAAUUGGACGGUGUGCUCAAAGAUGUAUUAGGAGCUUUAAGUUAUUCAUUAAAAUUUCAAUUUGAAAUACGGCCUCAAAUCGAUCAUCAGUAUGGAUCGCUGCAACCAGAUGGUAAUUUCAGUGGAAUGCUUGGAGCUUUACAAAAAAAAGAGGUUGAUAUAGCUGGUCCUUUCGUUGCCUCUGAGCAAAGAGCGAUGGUUACAGAUUUCACUAAUUGCUUGGGAUUUUCAAAACUAGGAAUCAUCACUGGCAUUAAGUCUGCGGACAGGAACAUGUUCCUUUAUGCCAAUGUGUUUUCUUGGCAGGUAUGGCUUUCUCUUUUAAUGACCAUCAUUGGCCUGGCGUUUGUUGCAGCUUUGAUUUACAACGUGACUGUCAAAGGCUGGAAAGACGAUCAAGUAUCAUUACUGUCACGAUAUUUCUGGGUAUUUUGGAGCUAUCUGAUUGGUCAUGAUGGCGGCACCACUAAUCACUGGGCUCUUGUUCACAUUUGGAACUUGCAAUCAUUCCGAAUUCUCUUGGCCGCUUGGUUGCUCGGACCGGUCAUCAACUCUUUGUUCUCCUUUCAAGGAAGUAUAACAUCCACUUUCGCCAUAACAAAGAUGAGACCAGUAAUUGCUGACCUCGAUGAGUUGACCAAGAAAACUAGCAUCAUACCUGUCUUAAGCAGAGGAUCAGCGGUCCAAAUCUGUUUCAUGGCGAGUCCAGACCAUACACAUCUAUGGAAGCGAAUGAAAAAUAACAUGAUCAUAUUUUCUCCUGAAACAGUGGAAGAAACCAUGAAAAAAAUCGAGAAAGGCACCCAUGUCUUGAUUGUCGAUUACAUUUAUGCCCUGACACUGGCUUCUGAUUACGUAAAGAGAAGAGGUCGGUGCACGAUUCAAGUGGAAGAAUUACUGUUUUGCCAAAACUUUAUAGCUUUAGGCCUCCGUAAAGGUAUACCGCGUAAAACACUGAAGAAUAUCAAUUUGAGAUUAACCUACAUUAUACAAGCAAAGCUAACUGACAGAUGGCUGAAUCGUGUGUUUCCAAACUACACACACUGCACGAAGCAACCUCAAGAAGACAUAAAACCUCUGAGCAUCACGGAUAUCCUCGGCGGCUUCCUGAUAUGGGGUAUAGGGAUUGUCUGCUCGAUUCUGUUCCUGCUCACGGAGAUCUUUGAGAAGCGGAGAAAGAGGCGAGAAAAGAAAUCCUCAUCGGCCACAUCGAUUAUUCCAAAUGAAGACCUAGAGCGAAGAGCUGCAAAAUAUCGGCCGAAAUUUAUGAACUAUUGCUUGUAAUAGCUUGGAAUGUAGAAGAAUCAUAGCGAUAAAAAGCCACUCGAAAGUUAAAUAGUAGAGUACUUUUUGUUAACUUAUAUACAGGGUGGCCAUAAAAUAACUUUCCCCGUUUGUAGGCAUCUAAAGCUAAAACAAGUUUACGAAAUGAAACCACAUUUCAUAUACAUACUAUAAAAGGCAUAAGGAAGAUGAAUUCCGCAGAAAAAAAUGGUUCCGAAAGAUGCUGAUAAAGAAAAUAUUGGCGCUGCUGUCACGUAGGAACAAGGAACGCGUCUCACUUUCGUAUUAAUGUUUCUUGCCCGAAUGGAAAUCGACAUUGACUGGCCUUGGAAAAUAUUGCGGGGAGAUGAGGCUCAUUUUUAUUUUGAUGGGUCUGUCAAUACUCAGAACUGCCGUAAUUGGUCUCGUAAAUGUCCCAUAGCGCCCAAGAAAUGCCAUUUCAUUCCCCAAAUGUGAGCGUGUGAUGCGGUUUCACGGCCAAUUUCAUAAUCUGAGAAUACUUGUUGGAGAAUAUCAUUCAAACAGGUUUUGCACCAUUAAUGGCGAGAAACAUGGAUAAAUGCUGCAAACUUUUGUCAUUCUGCAAUUGCAGCAAAGGCAAUGCUUGGAUUUGUGGUGAAAGCUUAUAAGCCCGAUAACAGAUGCGAAGAAUGCGUGUUGCUUUUGUCUUGUGAUCUUGUUACUCGGCUGCAAACCACAAGGUCCCAGGUUCUAUCCUCGCUCAUAACAAUCCGCUACAAAUUCAAUCAUUUUUAUGAAAGCUGGAGCACGACCACAUAUUCAUCGUUCAGUACAGAGCCUUUUAUGACAGUAUUUUGGUACUAAGAGAAUUAUCAGUCAAUAUUUCAGAUGAAAUGGCCGCUCCUAUCAGCGGACAACAGCCCUUUUAACUUUUGGCUGUGAGGGUAUCUGAAAUCGGAAUGUACGCUGGUGGUGUUCCCAAACUGGAUGACUUGAAACAGAACAUAAGACGGACUGUUAUGAACAACGAAACUGAUAGUAUACACGCAGCAGUAGAGAACGUCAUACACCUUAUGCAAUAUAUUGCACACAGAGAAGGUCAGCAUAGUGGAAAUGUUGCACGGAAUCCAGGGGGCACUAAUGUUGAUGAAUAAAAUAUAAUUUUCUGUGAAUUUCAGGAAUUCAUUUCAUAACUGUACUCCUACAGCGCCAGUAUUUCUCCUAUCGGCAACUUUUAGCACUAUU